UAUCUUCCUCUGUCCCUUAUUAAUUAUUUAUUUUAAAACUAUAGUGUGUAUAUACGUGAAUCUUGUGAAUCGACGAAUGAUUUCAUCAAAAAAGAUAUUAAUCGAGUGAGAGAGAGAGAGAGAGAGAGAGAGAGAAAGAGAGAGACAGACAGAUAGACAGAGGGAGAAAGGAGAGAGAGAGAGAGAGAAAGAGAGAGAGAGAAAGAGAAGAGGAAGAGAGAUAGAGAAAAUAUAAAUAGUGAAAGAUAGAGAACGAAAGAAAAAAAAAAGGAAGAUAAGGAAAAGAGAGAAGGGAGAUACAGAAAGGAUGGCGUCGAAGAGGAACGAGGAAACGAGGCCACGUCCUGCGUGUGCGAGGUAUUCGAGGUUAAAUGCGGAUGGUGACGACGGUACUGGCCAGUGAUUUUGGUGUUAUUAACAGCUUCUAAUUCGAAUCAGGCUCCGGCGGUCUGAUUGGAUUUGUGGUUGGGCCUGGAUUUGGCAUUAAGAAGGAUGGGUUGGGUCACCGGUCUCGGCGUCGCACUGGUCAUUGUCGUCACCGCUGGUGCUGCUUUGGCUCUCUGUAGACGAUAUUGCAUCGGCUGGCAAUGGGGUACUAGAAAUAUUUGGAGUAUAUUUGAAGAAUGGCGACAGACAUUAUCGUGGCUAUGGGCACCGCGAGAAGAAAAGGUUGGUCUCGUAAAAGCUCAACAUCCAACAGCACAGACAAUACCGGGUUUAUAUCGGCAAACUGGUAAUCCUUCUCAACAGUUGUUACAUAGUGAUAGCGAUUUGAGGCUGGAUGCUCAAGGAGCCUUCACACGAUUCGAAGCUGUGGAUAGAGAUCUACAUCCACCACUUGGUACUGGAAGUAGUAGUACUAUACCACCUCAGCCAUUAAGGCCAGCACCGCAACCAAGGCCAGCAUCACGUCCAAGACCAUCUCCUCUUCAAACCCCUAGUACAGUUGAUUAUAUACGAAUGCAGGAAUCUGGUCCAGGUCCACUGACACCACCACCAUCCUUGCAAAGAACUAUUCCACAAUCGAGAGCAACCGCAGCCUCAGUCUUCGUCUUCCAAAAUGAACCGGUGAAGAAUCAUGGCUUUUUCAAGCCACCUAAUGAUCACUCGGCCUUCAGAUUCGAUGGCGAAGGAAAUACUGGAAAUAUGUUGCCUGAAAAUAUUCAAAUGACAGCUUACACUAUGCAAAAUCAUUCUGAUUCGAGAAUGGGAAGAUACGAAAUGGAUAUGACUGAAGAUAGAAGAAAGGACACUUAUGAUUCACGGUGUAAUCCUUACAGACAAUUCGAGACGAGUAAUAGAUACAAUGUUCAUAAUACACCUAUCACAUCUCUCGACGUUAAAAUUAACAAUGAAGAAAAUACGUACGCCGGUUAUGACGUCGUUCAAAGAACUCAUCAAUUGAGACAACAUGUAAGGAAUGACUCUAGAGGAUCACCAAGUAGUUUUGGUUUGACGAAUCACUCAAACUCGACCAGUCAAACGAUCAUGGAGUCCAUUUAUGGACCUCAAACUCUCUGCAAGAUGCUUCAAAAUGCUCAGAACUUGGAGAACGAGUUGGACAGAAGAAACAACGAGAUUCAAAGCAUCGAGAUGACACCUUUCAGAAGUUCGACGCUUCAAAAUGACGUUGGCUCGUCUUAUCUAUACCAUGAUAAUUCAUCCAACACUGGUCUACAAAGAGUCUCUCAAUAUAUCCAAAGUCUACCUGAUCAUCCUGCCUUUGACACGAUCAAUGAUCAUACGUCGGAACGGGAACAAAUACUUUACGCCAAUGACAUGCAAGCACAGAUCAACUCGUCAAAGAUUAACAGCGAAUCAGCAUCUAGUCCUGUACCACCGCCACCUGCGCCACCUGAUCCUCCUACGGACGUACUCAAAAAGAAUGAACCUACAACGGGUGAAAGAAUCUUCAAUGCACUUCGAUCAGUUACCUCGCAAAGUUAUAUCGAUGCCUCGGAAUUUUACAAUUCCGUUCUAUCGUCGGCUCAACAAGUCCAACGAUUUACCUUCUCGAGAUCGCCAAGUAUGGUGAACGAGAAUACAGGAAGUCGUUUACAGAACGAGGUACGUGACAUAUACACUGAAACCGAUUCGGACGCCAUUGGCCUUGAUGUUUCCAGACGUAGUUCCGAUCUUUACAGCCCCGAACUAAACUUGGAAGCUCAUAGAACUGCUCAGGAAGUAAAUCAUUUAUUCUUCUUCUUCGUUCUUCUCCUGGAUAUUCUUCUUUUUUUUUUUUUUUUAUUUUUUCUAUUCCUCCAUUUCAAUGGAGAAAAAAUAUACAAAAAUUUUCUUGCCUUUCAGGUAUAUAACAGCUUACAGGAUCCACCAUCUUCGCCUUUACUUUUGAAAGAUCAUAAUCACGAGUCUUAUACGUUCAUGUCCGAUCCAAGCUUCACUAGAACCUCCGAAGACAUCUUCAAUAGUUUAGAACAAAGAAGGAAGAGUAUGGAGAGAUUAAAUGGUAUCCAUGAAUUUGUAGAACAUGAAACUUCCGAUACUUCAAGACGGCGAAAUAGUCAAGAAUUAUAUGCUGCAUUGGAGGAAGUUCAAAUCAAAAGAAGAUUAUCGCAGCAAAGUCUCGAAGAAAAUUACAUUACGAGUUAUACGAUGAACGAGCACGGUGAAUCGAAUUCCGGAAGUCGUCGUGGUUCACAGGGACCUGAACCUGAACCUCCGCCGGACGAAUCUAAUUUAAAAAGAGCAAUAAGUUGUGAAAGUGUUUGUUCAGAUACCAGUGUGGUAUUGAACGAUCUCGAGGAGGCACCUGUCGUGGGACUCGUUUGCGUUGGUUUAGAACACGAAAGAUGGGGCGGACGUGGUACCGAUGCUGAAGGUGACUUGGCAGUCAGUGUCCUUGAAGCUAGAGAUCUCAUUGCACCUGACGGUCGACCUGCACAAGACACCUUCGCGAGAGUAUGUCUAUUGCCUGAUAGACAAACACACGUACAAACACGUUUGUACAGAGGUUCUCCAUCGCCAAGUUAUCAAGAAAAGUUUCUCUUUCCUUUGGACGGUGGUCCAGCUGGAAGAACACUUCUGGUCGAGGUGUUCUCUGACGAAUCGAGUAUCGGUGGUGGCGCCUCCCUUAUCGGUGAAGCUAGUUUAAGACUAGGUCCAGCGCUAAGACCACCUGCUACUACCUGGCUACCUUUAACAGGACCUGCCUUACCUACGCCGCACUUGGGAGAGCUCUUGUUCUCUCUGAGUUACUUGCCAACUGCGGAGAGGCUAACAUUGGUCGUAGUAAAAGCUAGAAAUUUGCGUGGUUCUAAUACUAUACCGGGUGAUUUCUUUGUCAAGGUUUACCUGCUGCAACAAGGAAAGAAAAUGCACAAGAAAAAGACGUCUGUGAAAAAGGGAGAGAAGAGUCCCAUUUUCAACGAGGCGAUAAUAUUUAGUGUACCAGCUCACGCUCUACAGACAAUUCAAUUGAGACUGACAGUAGCAGAGGUGCAUAACGAGCAGACCACAACAAAUACAAAAGCUUAUUCGGUCGGUCACGUUAUUGUUGGUUCCACUUCAACAGGCAAAGCAUUAGCACAUUGGAGACAAAUGUUAACGGCAUUGAGACGUCCCAUUGCUAUGUGGCAUCCAUUGAGAAAAUGAGAUCAGUUGGACAUUGAGAGAGAGGAGGAGAAGGAGGAUAAGGAGGAAGAGAAGGAGAAGGAGGAGGAGGAGGAAGAGGUGGAGGAGGAGGAGGAAGAGGAGGAGAGUGUACGAUGGAUAUAAAGAAGACAAAAUUAAUGGAACAAGAAGAAAAGAGAGAGAAAUCGAACGCUAACAGGCAAGAGCAUGAAGUGCACAAAUCAAUUAGAGUUAUAAUAAUUAACAUGACAACGUCCCAAUGUUUUUAUAUAUAUACAUAUAUAUAUAUAUA